AAAGCAUUGAAUCCAAUGUCCGGAGAUGUGCCCGAAAUGGCAUGGGAUUGGACUAUUCCAUCUAUUGGAAAGGGAAGACUGACAGAAAAGCAUGGAAUUGCACAAAAGAUUGUAAUGAUAUGAAUUAUUUAUUUAUGCAAACACUUCGCUUCUUUUUUCUUCACUUCUCAUGACAGGUGUUUGCGUUGUUCCUGAUUUAGGCAUAAUAGCCACAAAGAGAGAGAGAUAAAAUGAAUGAUCUCCAUCAUCAUUCCUUUCCCAUGUGAUGUGCUCCCUCUCUCUCUCUCUCCCUCUCUCUCUCUAGUUAGGGUUUUCAAUUUCAAUCAAACCCAAAGCACCCAACUUUCCCAUUGAAUCACACAAUUCCCUUCACCCUUCUCCUUUUUGGCCAAAAGGGUCUCAUCGGGUUUGCCUAUUUUUGACAGUUUCGAGCUCUCCUCCUCUGGAUUCUAGAGAGAGAAAGUGCUUUUCUAGAGAGAGAAACUCAUGAUGGGAAUGUAGAGUGUAGUUCCCUUUUUGUUGUUGUUGUUGGUGGUGGUAGUGGUGGUGGUUGCGGUGACCGAGCAAUGUUGGAAAUGGAGAAGGAUUUUGAUUCCAAGCUGAAGGUUCAGGCGAAUUCUUCCUCUUCCAACGGUGGUGGGAAUGUCCAGAGAUCCAAGAGCUUUGCUUUUAGGGCUCCCCAGGAGAAUUAUACCAUUCAGGACUUUGAAUUGGGCAAGAUCUAUGGCGUUGGCUCUUAUUCUAAGAAGUUAUAGAGCUGGAAGUAAAACAAUUUAUAGGUUGUAGAAAAGGAAGCGAUCCGAGGAAAUGAUUGGCUUAACUGUGAGGGGUAUACCCAGCUGGAAGUGAAACUACUGCUGGUGCAUGAAAUCGGCAGGAUAUCCUUCGUGCAAGUGUGUUAUUGCGAUGCCUUUACCAGUAGCCUUUAUUGGGAAGUUCACCCUGCAUGUGAAUUGCUAUUACCAGUGUACUUAUUUGAACUGCAUCGACAUCAAAUAUGACUAUCUCACAUCUUACUGAAAACAUAUAUUUUUUUGUCCCUUUUUCUAUUACUUUUAUGUGAUACAUAUAUUGCCUUUGCCUUUACCCCUCUUGCUCUCACACUUGCUUUCUCUGUGUCUUGCUUUAUUUAUGAUUUGUUUUUCAUUUUUGUCCGACUGUUUUGGGUGGCUGUGACCAAAACAGUCUGACAUUUUGGCACUUUUCUCCCGUUAUAGUGAACAGUUGUUUGAGUCAAUUUAUUUUCUCUUGUAAAUUAUUACCAAAUAUGUUUCUUAUUAUGUUUAAAGGUUGUGAGGGCAAGGAAGAAGGACACUGGAACUGUGUAUGCAUUGAAGAUCAUGGACAAAAAAUUUAUUACCAAAGAGAACAAAACAGCUUAUGUGAAGUUGGAACGCAUAGUGCUUGAUCAAUUGGACCAUCCAGGCAUUGUGCGGCUAUAUUUCACAUUUCAAGACUCACUUUCUCUGUAUAUGGCACUUGAGUCCUGUGAAGGUGGAGAACUUUUUGAUCAAAUAACCAGGAAAGGUCGACUAACAGAGGAUGAGGCACGAUUCUAUGCAGCUGAAGUUGUAGAUGCUCUUGAAUACAUACAUAAUUUGGGAGUGAUACAUCGUGAUAUUAAGCCAGAGAAUUUAUUACUUACAGCUGAAGGACAUAUUAAAAUAGCCGAUUUUGGGAGUGUGAAGCCUAUGCAAGAUAGCCAAAUUACUGUCCUUCCAAAUGCCGCAUCAGAUGACAAAGCCUGCACUUUUGUGGGCACAGCUGCUUAUGUCCCUCCAGAGGUUCUUAAUUCCUCCCCAGCAACUUUUGGAAAUGACCUAUGGGCACUUGGCUGCACAUUAUAUCAAAUGCUUUCUGGAACUUCCCCUUUUAAAGAUGCAAGUGAAUGGCUUAUUUUUCAAAGAAUUAUAGCAAGAGAACUUAGAUUUCCAGAUUACUUUUCUGAGGAAGCAAGAGACGUUAUUGAUCGGCUAUUGGAUUUGGACCCCAGCAGGAGACCAGGUGCAGGACCCGAUGGUUAUGCUUCUUUGAAAAGACAUCCAUUUUUCAAGGGGGUUGACUGGGAUAAUUUAAGGUCACAGAUUCCUCCAAAACUUGCUCCCGAACCGGGGACUCAGUCGCCGGCAGGUGAUGAUGUUCAUGACUCAUCAUGGAGUCCUGCUCACAUUGGGGAUGGUUCUGCAGCUGUGGUUAGACAACCUGAUGGUGCUACAUCAUCUUCUGAAGGGACUGGUCACAUAACCAGGCUAGCUUCAAUUGAUUCCUUUGAUUCAAAAUGGCAACAAUUUUUGGAACCUGGGGAAUCUGUUCUCAUGAUCUCUAUGGUGAAGAAAUUACAAAAACUAACAAGCAAGAAGGUGCAGCUCAUCCUUACCAACAAACCAAAGUUGAUUUAUGUGGACCCAUCAAAGUUAAUUGUGAAAGGAAAUAUAAUAUGGUCUGAUAAUCCAAAUGAUUUAAGCAUCCAAGUGACUAGUCCAUCAAAUUUCAAGAUUUGCACACCUAAAAAGGUAAUGUCUUUUGAGGAUGCAAAGCAAAGAGCUUAUCAGUGGAAAAAGGCAAUUGAAGGACUUCAAAACCGGUGAAUUUAUUCGGGUUUUGAGAACUUAUUCUUCAGAUAUCUUCAUAUUGUUCAGCAAGAAGGGAUAAAACAGUUGACUUCCCCCAACAAUCAAUUAUUCAUUAAAAGAAAACGAAUGAGGAUUUAGCAUUGCUGAAGCUGGUUCUAGCUAAUUCCUCACCGCAGCUUAAUUUUGUAACAAGUUUUUCCAUCCUCUUUCAUACUUCGAUGGGAUGAUAAAAUGUGGAAGUUCUAAUUGUAGGUAUGUUGGAGGUUGGAGCCAAUACUUUGUAAGAAAAACAUCAGUUAUUUUUUAUAAGAUUAUGAGUUGUAAGAUGAUGAAAUUUUUGCUAUCAUAAUGUAUGAAUCAUUGAAUUUCUCAAUUUAUUGUUCCUUCAGCCCGUGGUUAGACAGUGAAGCCAUCUUGAAAUUUCAAAAUGGAUAUUUUGGACAUUGGCAAUCUGUAAAGAAUAUAGGUGUAAUCUGACAAUUCUAUGAAGUUUUAGGCAUUGAAUAAAAAUGUGUUUCUAGCAAGCAAGUUAGGUUGCAAUUGGUAAGCUUUGCUGUCAAAGUGCAUCUGCACAAAGUUCAAUGACUAUUUGUUGAGCUAAG